GGCCUUGUUCCCAGUUUGCUGGAUUCAGGGCUCCGUGGCUGUCAGACUCCGUCUUCUCUUCUUCUUCUGUAUCUGCAGCAGGUUCCCUGUGUAUCGCCGUGAUGGACCGCUGGAAGGGCAGAGUGGCUCUGGUGACCGGAGCCUCGGUGGGGAUCGGGGCGGCCGUAGCCAAAGAGCUGGUCCGCUGUGGGAUGACGGUGGUGGGCUGUGCCAGGAACGUGGACAAAAUCCAGAAACUGGCGGAGGAGUGUAAAAGUGCAGGCCACAGUGGUGUUUUGGUGCCUAUCAAGUGUGAUUUGACCAAAGAGGAGGAGAUUCUGGCCAUGUUUGCAACCAUCAAAGCGCAGCACAAAGGCGUAGAUGUUUGCAUCAACAACGCUGGAUUGUCUCAUCCAGAUCCUCUGAUAAGCGGAAAAACCAGCAGCUGGAGGAACAUACUGGAUGUGAACGUUCUUGCCUUGUCCAUCUGCACGCGUGAAGCGUACCAGUCGAUGAAAGAAAGAAAUGUUGAUGACGGUCAUAUCAUCCACAUAAACAGCGUGGUGGGACAUUAUGUCCCUAAAAUUCCUGAGUUGCAUUUCUACACUGGCACCAAGUACGCAGUGACCGCCCUGACUGAGGGCCUGAGGCAGGAGCUGCUCGAAGCCAAGAGCCACAUCCGGGCCACAUGUAUUUCUCCUGGUGUUGUGGACACUGAAUUUGGUGAGCGGCUCUACAGCAACGAUCCAGAAAAAUAUGCAGCUCUUUUCUCUCAGCAUAAGAAUCUGUCUGGACUGGAUGUUGCUGGGGCUGUUCUGUACGCCCUCGGUGCCCCUCCACAUAUGCAGAUCGGAGACAUCGUGCUCCGUCCUGUGGAGCAGCAGGUCUAAUGAUGCACCAAUGAUGUGACACCUGAGGAAUUCUGAAUGUGACUCCCUCACUACAGUUAUGUCUUCAUGUUGUUUUAAUAACCAACUAAUAAUGGAACCACUGACAAAUCCUUCAUCGGAUUUCUUCACUGCAGUUAUAUUUUCAUAUAAUCAUGAAAUAAAUCUGUUUUUUGAAAUUUGAACUGUAGUUUCUGCACUUAAGCAUACAAUAAAAUGUCUGAGUGGAACCUGA